CCUCCGGCCUCCGCAUCACCCACCCAGCCACCGGUCCACCGCCCACGACUCGCCCUCGUGCCCACGAACCCGAACACGAAAUCCCGAACCCGACCCGCCGUCUUCCCCCUUUACCGUCCUUCCCCGGCGACCGAAGCCGCCACCCCGGCCUCGCCAUGGACUCUCUCCUUGCCAGCUACGCCUCUUCCGACGACGACGCCGACGAGGCACCGCCUGCUCCUCCUCCUGCCCGUACCCCCGCCCCCGCCGUCUCCUCCGGUGGCGGCGCAGGCGGACUAUUCUCCUCGCUCCCGCAGCCCAAGUCCGCGCCGGCCCCGCUCUUCUCCUCCCUCCCGGCGCCCAAAUCCACCCCCGCGCCGCUCUUCUCCUCUCUGUCGGCGCCCAAAUCCGCCCCUGCACCCGCCCCCGCCCCUACCUUCUCUUCCAUCCCGGCGCCCAAGUCUUCCGGAGGAAACCCUAAGCGCGUCGUCCAGUACCGCCCGCAGCCGAUCCGGCAGCCCACAGGCGACAGCUCCGACGACGACGAGGACGAAGCCAAGAAGCGCCGCGCCAGCAACAACGAGGCGCGCCUGCCGCCUGUGUCUGCUGGCUCGGGGCCCGUGUCCUCGUUCCUCCCGCCGCCGAAGCACUCGCUCGGGCUCGGCGCCGGUUCUGGUGCCGGAGCCAGGAGGUCGGCAAUCGAUACGGCUGCGCCGGAGAAGCCAAAUCUCGGCGCCGCCGUACCUUCAAGCUCGGUUGCCAACACAGGAGCCCAGGAGAGGCCCGACAGUGGCGUGUCCGAUGACGAUGAUUCGGACAAUAGCGGCAGUGAGGACGACAUGCCUGCGCCAGAGCUGGAGGAGGAACACCAAGAGCAGCAGAGUUUUAAUGCUGCAGCUGGGGAGCACCAGCAAGGCCAUGAUGCUGGAGCUGGGAGCACUAGUGGAUAUGAAGCCUAUGCGUGGGAUCCAAACUACUAUGCCCAAUACGGUGCGAAUUAUGGUUGGGAUCCUAGUGCCAGUGCAAAUUAUGCGGAUGGAACACAGUAUGCCGCAUAUGCAGGAGGCCAAAGUGGAGGGUAUGCUCAUUCGCACGGAGGGGAGCAUGGCAGCGGAUAUGAGCAUGUUGCGGCAGUGCCAUACGGAGUAGAUUAUACUGGAGGGUAUGGUCAUGAGGCAGCGGCAACCACGUUACCACCGGUGCAAGAACCAGUACUGCCACCAGAGAUGGGUAGGAUUGGAGGGAAAAGAGGUAGGAAUGAUAUGCCGGCCCAGAUUUUAGAGGUAAAUCAAGCAGAGCUGAUGAAAAACAGACCAAAGCAGGAUAAAUCCAAGCUCACAGGGUUGGCCUUCGGUCCUAGUUAUCAGCCUGCCCCUUCAGCAAAAGGAAAGCCAUCCAAGUUGCAUAAAAGGAAACACCAGAUUGGUUCUCUGUACUUCGACAUGCAGUCGAAGGAGAUGGAGCUUGCGGAGAGGCGUUCUAAAGGCAUUCUUACGAAAGCAGAAACUCAAGCAAAAUAUGGCUGGUGAGCUUGUAAGAAAAACUCAGGAUACCUGUAUGGGAUCUGUUGAAUUGAAAUGUGCGGAUUUUUGUUGCAAAUUUUGUUGUAUCUGUUACGGACAAGUAAACCCAAUGCAGAACAAAUAGUUCAAUGAUCAAUCAAUAUUGAGUCAA